GCCCCGCCUGAGCGGCGGCGCCGGGGACCGCAGCGCGCAUGCUCGGCGCGGGCGCCAUUUUGGUGGGGCCGGGAAUUAUCCAGCGGGAGCGGCGGAGCUCGCUGGGCCCGGCUCGGAGGCAGCGGCGAGCGGGUGCCGGCUGCGGAGAUGGCCAACAUCGCGGUACAGAGGAUCAAGCGGGAGUUCAAGGAGGUGUUGAAGAGCGAGGAGACGAGCAAAAAUCAAAUUAAAGUAGAUCUUGUAGAUGAGAAUUUUACAGAAUUAAGAGGAGAAAUAGCAGGACCUCCGGACACACCAUAUGAAGGAGGGAGAUAUCAACUAGAGAUAAAAAUCCCAGAAACAUAUCCCUUCAAUCCUCCUAAGGUGCGGUUUAUUACCAAAAUAUGGCAUCCUAACAUUAGCUCGGUCACUGGGGCCAUUUGUUUGGAUAUCCUGAAAGAUCAAUGGGCAGCAGCAAUGACUCUAAGGACAGUGUUGUUAUCAUUGCAAGCACUGUUGGCAGCUGCAGAACCAGACGAUCCACAAGAUGCAGUAGUGGCAAAUCAGUACAAACAAAACCCAGAAAUGUUCAAACAGACAGCUCGACUUUGGGCACAUGUGUAUGCUGGAGCACCAGUGUCUAGUCCAGAAUACACCAAAAAGAUAGAAAACCUUUGUGCUAUGGGCUUUGAUAGGAAUGCAGUAAUAGUGGCCUUGUCUUCAAAAUCAUGGGAUGUAGAGACUGCAACAGAAUUACUUCUGAGUAACUGAGCCAUUCAAAGAGCUGCUUCUGUAGUCCAGCUUGCCCUUUCUGAGGAGCGUCACCAUCUGUUAUUUUUAGGAUUCUAUAUAGAUUCUCUUUUAAAACUGGCACUCUUGCCUGACGAUGCUAUCUAAGCACUAUUGGAGACUGAAAAACCGCUCUGUAAAUAAAGCUAAUUAAACGUCUGUGUAAAUUUAAAAGGGGAAAUACUUUAAUUUUUUCUUACUAAAUAUUGUAAAAAUUCUUUGAGCUCAGCUAAAACAAUGUGGGGGAAACAUGCCUACUUUAGUGUUUAGCAGUGUGACCAAGCCUAGCAGGAAUUUGCUUCGGGAUUUUGAUUUAAUUAUUCAGAUAACAUUUUUGAGUGUCAAAGUCAUCAAAAUUGUUGGUGUCACUCAUCACAGCUAUCUUACUGUUUUUAACAUGGAUCCUAUGUGCCUGUGGAUUGACCUAUAUUUGCAUGCUUGUACUUUACUAGACAUUUUAGAUAGGGUAGCUGAAGAGAGCACCAUUUAAGUACUUGAAUGUUCUUGUUAACUUUUUUCCUGAAAGCUGUUUCAAGAUUUACCCAAAGUUCAAAAUGGUGACCUGUUCAGAACCUCUUUCUUAGUCAGGUGACUGGGAAAUCUGCUUAUCUGCCCUCCCCAACAACACAAACCUAAAAUACCAUUCUGGAUUCCUUUCCAUAAUCUGUGGGUCUGGGUGCCAUUAAAAGUAGCUUAGUUACCACUUUAAAUGGUAUAUUUUGAAUAACCAGUAAAUGUGUUUAACCAUCAUACUUGCUACACAAUCAUAUAUAAAGGUUUGGUAUGUUUGGACAUAGCACAACAAAGUGGCGCUGCUUUUUGGGGGGGUGGGGUAUAUAGAAGUCAGAACUCCUUCAAUAAAUUUGGAUAAUAUGAAAUCACUGGAUUUGGGGGAAGAACAACUGAUUCUCUGGUAUACUGAGAAUUUAAAUAAAUAAAUAAAAUUUCUUUGAGUACUUGCUAUGAUGCAAUCAGCUGUUUUUUUGCAACAGCUUUCUAGCUUUAUUUUGAGCUUCAGUAUAAGGAUUGCUUACCAGGUACUUUAAAAAAUCACUUGUUUGCAUUUUUCCCUAGUUGAUACAUGGAGGCUGUGUUGGUAUUUUUACUGUACAUACUUCAAAUGCACAUAGAAGUAGAAGUGUGUUCUCAGUUUAACUUUCUUUUGGAUUGAUGUUUCUGAUAAAACGAAAAUUGAAAUUACCUUCGCUUGUACAUACUCAGUCUUUCUAUUCGUAUUAAAAUUACAUUUCAUCCUGA